GGGAUAUUUACAAUGAUACGGUGAUAAAGGAAACCUGGAACUAUGAUGGCUGAUAAUACUCACAACGCCGGUGCCACCAAUGCCACCAGUGUUUCCAAUAGUCUUAAAGAAGCUGGGGGGAAUGCGCCUAUCAUUUCAGACAUCUCCCAACCGCGCCUUAAUGGAGACCCCAGUACAUCCCUAUCACAUCUUUCAUAUCAACCGCAACAAAACUUGAUCGCGGAAUCGAAGGCGCAAACUUCUCCUACAACUAUACCGUUCUCUCCACCGCAAUACACAAAAUUGGCUGUGCACAUCAGAUCUACUUCGUCGCCUUCACCAUCCCAACCUCGACGAGGAAGGCCACCCAAAGAUAAAAGCCGGCAAGCGCGAUCAGGACCAGGAUCAACAAUUCCCGGGGCAGCAAUCUCCAGUCCUCUGCCUUCCGUGGGGAAUGAGAUUGGGGGUGCCAGUCCUCAGCCUAAGAAGAGAGGCAGACCAAGGGGUUGGAAACCCGGGAUGGCCUAUGUGGAUGUCAAGGAAAGCGGCGAAGAAAGUGCGAAAGUCACCGAGUCCAAGAAACCCCAGUCUAGAGAAGCGAAGCGCCGCGGGAGACCUCCGCGCACUCUUAUGCCAUCGGCCAGAGACCGGUACCUGCGGACCAAUGCUCAAUAUUUAUCCUUUCGAUGUGAAUGGCGAUGGUCACCAGGAAGAACGUGUCCGGCAGAGUUGCAAAACAUGAAAACACUACGCAAACACGUCGAUCUCGUUCAUGGGGACGAGGAGCCGUUGGUUUGCCGAUGGGGAAGAUGCGGAGCAAGGAAGAACCCCAUUCAGUUUUCAGAGCAGGAGAAGUUCGAUGAGCACAUGGAGAAAGCGCAUUUUAGGUCGUUUGUGUGGUACAUGGGAGAUGGUUACCAAAAUGACGGCAUCUCGAUACUAAAGCGCAACUCAGACGGACUUCCAAGAUACCUUUUUGAUGCGGAUGGCGAACAAGUUACACCGUCUGUCACGGGGCAAAAAUUCGAGGACGACCAACAAUAUAAAGAAAGGAAGCGAAAACUGAAGCAGCUUCUUAUUCUGCAAGACGAGAAUGCUCCUUUCGAUGAGGAAUAUACAAAGCAGACACUGGGAAUUGCCUGAAUCACAACAAUCAAAGUAGCCAAGCCUUUGUAUACCUCGAUAGACUCGACUCGGCCUUAUUGACUUACUCCGUGCCGAGCCGCAGUCUCAUUAAUUGACUUCGUUGGUUAUGUUUCAGAGCAUGACCGUGAAAGGAUAAAUCGCGUGGAUACCUACCUAUACACUUCCUAAUACACACACACCUAUUCAUGGCUGAAGAGGUGUUUAGGGAAGAAUAUUUUCCAAAUGAACACCUUAACCUAUGAGUAGCAAUUUCUUUUGGUUUGAUACGUGUUUAUGUUGUCGUAUAUUUCUACAGGUUUUCAAACUUUACUAGAGAGCCGUUUGUCAAGCAAGUUGCCUGCAAAUUACCCUUUUCACCUGUUGAGUGGAAGGUUCCAAAGCAAUGAAGGUAAAGAGAGGUGUGCCGCAUUGAUUUGUAUUAAAAAUUCAAUGCGCUACAAAGUUACAUCAUUACUAGAUCUCGGUCCCUCAACCUCCCCUAACAUCUCCUCACUAGGCUCCUAAUAACGGACCUCCAGCCUUUGGGAUUUGACAGUCUCACCUUAUGACGUAACAAACAUAACCGGCAUUGAUUCGGCAAGGUAGCAUUGAUGGUCCCCGUUUUUUUCUACCUAGAUAUUCUUGUUGUUUGGAACGUACCUAGCAGCCUAGUAGGUAGGAAGACGUAC